AUGGAAUAUUAUAUAUUACCUGAACCACAACCGAUUAUUAUUAUUAACCCGGCACCGUCUAACCCACUACCUAAUCCUCCAAAUACCCCUGAACAAACUCCUAAAACAGAUGAAAACCCAUCUGAUUCAAAUAAACCAGAAAAUAAUAAACCUGAUGAUAAAAAUCAAAAACCUAAUGAUGAUAAAACUCAAAAACCAAAUGAUACACAACCAAUUGUCAUUUUACCACCUACUCAAUAUUUUUUCAUACCGACCAACUGGACAUAUUUAAAUCCUUACACAUGGUGUAAUAUCUUAUAA